AUGGACACACAAGCAGGAAUAUCUCAGAAGGAUAUCUAAUGUUAUCCCUGGAUUGUGAAAUAAAAGAUGACAGUAGACAAGAAUCUCCAGGAGAUAACCCCAUUACCCCAAUUAUACAUCCAGCUCUAUCAGCUGGUCCCCCUGAUCCUGCAAAAUGUUCUCCUGAUCACUCUGAUAUUGGUGUAUCUGGUACAGCUCUGAGAGUAGAUACAGAGUUUCCAUGUGCUAUAGAUGCCAAAUGUUUUACACAGAACACAAAGCCUAUUAACCCACAGACCGGUAAGGCAGGUGAGAGGCCAUUUCUAUGUUCUGUGUGUGGGAAAUGUUUUGCAUACAAAUCAGUUCUUAUUAGACAUCAGAAAAGUCACACAGGUGAGAAGCCAUUUCCAUGUCCUGAGUGUGGGAAAUGUUUUGCACGGAAAUCAGAUCUUCCUAUACAUCACAGAAGUCACACAGAUGAGAAGCCAUUUCCAUGUUCUGAGUGUGGGAAAUGUUUCACACAGAAAUCAGUUCUUGUUACACAUCAGAGAAGUCACACAGGUGAGAAGCCAUUUCCAUGUUCUGAGUGUGGGAAAUGUUUUGCAUACAAAUUAGUUCUUAUUAGACAUCAGAGAAGUCACACAGGUGAGAAACCGUAUUCCUGUUCUGAGUGUGGGAAAUGUUUUUCAUCGAAAUCAGAUCUUGUUAGUCAUCAGAGAAUUCACACAGGUGAGAAGCCAUAUUCCUGUUCUGAGUGUGGUAAAUGUUUCGCACAGAAAUCAGCUCUUGUUUCACAUCAGAGAAGUCACACAGGUGAGAAGCCAUAUUCCUGUUCUGAGUGUGGGAAAUGUUUUGCACAGAAAUCAGCUCUUGUUACACAUCAGACAAGUCACACAGGUGAGAAGCCGUAUUCCUGUUCUGAGUGUGGGAAAUGUUUCGCACAGAAAUCAGCUCUUGUUACACAUCAGACAAGUCACACAGGUGAGAAGCCGUAUUCCUGUUCUGAGUGUGGGAAAUGUUUUAUCCAGAAAUUACAUCUUAUUAAACAUGAGAGAAGUCACACAGGCGAGAAGCCAUUUUCUUGCUAUGAGUGUGGGAAAUGUUUUAUCCAGAAAUCACAUCUUAUUAAACAUGAGAGAAGUCACACAGGCGAGAAGCCAUUUUCUUGCUAUGAGUGUGGGAAAUGUUUUACCUGGAAAUCACAAUUUGUUACACAUCAGCGAAGUCACACAGGUGAGAGGCCAUUUCCAUGUUCUGAGUGUGGGAAAUGUUUUAUCCAGAAAUCACAUCUUAUUAAACAUGAGAGAAGUCACACACGCGAGAAGCCAUUUUCUGGCUAUGAGUGUGGGAAAUGUUUUAUCCAGAAAUCACAUCUUAUUAAGCAUGAGAGAAGUCACACAGGCGAGAAGCCAUUUUCUUGCUAUGAGUGUGGGAAAUGUUUUACCUGGAAAUCACAACUUGUUACACAUCAGCGAAGUCACACAGGUGAGAGACCAUUUCCAUGUUCUGAGUGUGGGAAAUGUUUUGCACACAAAUCAGAUCUUAUUAAACAUGAGAGAAGUCACACAGGUGAGAAGCCAUUUUCUUGCUAUGAGUGUGGGAAAUGUUUUACCUGGAAAUCACAACUUGUUACACAUGAGCGAAGUCACACAGGUGAGAAGCCAUUUUCUUGCUCAGAAUGUGGGAAAUGUUUUACACGGAAAUUAGAUCUUUUUACACAUCAGAGAAGUCACACAGGUGAGAAGCCAUUUUUUGCUCAGAAUGUGGGAAAUGUUUUACACGGAAAUUAGAUCUUUUUACACAUCAGAGAAUACCAGAAAA